GAGCAGACUUCGGAUACUCCCCUUCCCGAUGCAAGUUUGCGGCACGGUAUCGCUCCACUCAUUCAUUGCGUUGCUUCAUCGAUGGGUACCUGUAAAAAGGCCACUGUAGUCGCCAGGCAUGCCUACUAGGCGCUUACCAACACUGUCAACUUUUGACACAUUGGACCCUUUGUCUUCACCUUCUCUUGUCGUUUCGGUCCCUUCCGGACUUCAUGAAUCGUUCAAUCCGGGGUUGAUACAACUAAAGCCUCAGAAACAGUGCGCCAUGGGAAAAAGAGUCUGGUCUGCUGCACAGGAUAUUGCGCAGGAGUGCGCGCUAUCCCGAAUGGGCAGAACGUACAUGGUGUGGCUGGAACGUGCUUCCUGUUCCACUGCCAGAAAGUUUGGAUUUUCAACGGCAUUCAACGGUUUAAUUGAGUUGAAGCCACUACAAGGCUGCUAAAGUAAACUGCGUAGUAUCAUGUGAACUGCAGUUUCAUUAGA